AUGCUUGAAGAGCGUAAACAAGAAUUACUGAAGGAACUCGAAAGUGUAUUUUCGACAAAACAAAUUGCUUUAACGGUUGUGGGGCAAAAGGCUCAAGAAACUGUUGACAAGAUAUAUCAAACAUGUGACUUUGUGGAACGACUGACUAAAUGCGCUAACAUAGCCGAAAUACUUAUGUUUAGGAAACUCUUAGAUACGAAAUUGCAAUCUUUAAUGAGUUCAAACCCAGAGCAAAGCGUACAAACUGCAUGUGAGUUGGAAUUUGUAUCAAAUUAUCAAGCUAUCCAAGUUGGCGUAAGAAACACUUUUGGAUACGUGCGCUCUAGUUCAGAGGCGAAUGUUGGCCCUACUAAACAACCGCCUAUUGCUCGCCCUACUAAUGGCUCUCUAUUGAAUGGAGGAUCAUCAUCGAGUAGCAGCAGCGUUAACGGAAGCUCAGGAAGCUUAAAUGGUGGAAUUCAUCUUCCAUCAGGAUUGAAUGGCGUGAUCGAACGGCCCUAUACAAAUGGUCUCCUUGGGCCCACCAGCCAGUCCACUUCUCCUUUCGAAUCGAAUAUUAUCUCCAAAAGAUUCAAUAGUGUCAAUAGUCUUGGCCCAUUCUCUACCGCCAUUGGAGAUAUUAAUCUGAAUGGAAUCAAUCCAUACGAGAAAUGGUCAAAUGGUGGAUGCGAUUCACUUUUCCAACCGACAACGGUUGAUCCUUAUUCUCUGACCAAUUCGGCUCACGCAGACCCUAUUUUAGAUUUGACAAACAAGCUUAUCUCUACUGCCAUUUUCCCACCAAAGUCUCAAAUCAAGCGACAGAAGAUGAUCUAUCACUGCAAGUUCGGUGAAUUCGGGGUUAUGGAAGGUCAGUUCACUGAGCCAAGUGGAGUAGCUGUUAAUGCUCAAAACGACAUAAUUGUUGCCGAUACAAACAAUCAUCGUAUUCAGAUAUUUGACAAGGAAGGUCGCUUCAAAUUUCAAUUCGGGGAAUGUGGAAAACGUGACGGACAGCUGCUGUACCCAAAUCGAGUCGCAGUUGUCCGUACCUCUGGUGACAUAAUCGUAACUGAACGGUCACCCACACACCAAAUCCAAAUCUACAACCAAUAUGGGCAAUUUGUGCGUAAAUUCGGCGCUAAUAUCCUUCAGCACCCUCGUGGAGUUACCGUUGAUAACAAAGGCCGUAUCGUUGUUGUUGAAUGCAAAGUUAUGCGCGUAAUUAUCUUUGAUCAAAUCGGCAACGUACUGCAAAAAUUCGGAUGCUCAAAACACUUAGAAUUUCCUAAUGGAGUUGUGGUCAACGACAAACAAGAAAUAUUUAUUAGCGACAACCGCGCUCACUGCGUAAAGGUAUUUAACUACGAGGGUAUUUAUCUGCGCCAGAUCGGAGGUGAAGGUGUUACCAAUUAUCCUAUCGGUGUUGGAAUUAACGCAGCUGGCGAGAUCUUGAUCGCCGACAAUCACAACAACUUCAACUUGACGAUAUUUACGCAAGACGGCCAACUGGUAUCCGCGCUGGAGAGUAAAGUGAAACACGCUCAAUGCUUCGAUGUGGCGCUAAUGGAUGAUGGGUCUGUGGUGCUUGCGAGCAAAGAUUACAGGCUGUACAUUUAUCGUUACGUGCAAGUGCCGCCGAUAGGUAUGUGA